AUGACACUCACGCCAGACGGCAACGUCAGCAGAAAACUGAAAUCAAUCUUUCGGAAAACCCGAAGCUGGCUUGAAUCUUGGGCCUUGCAGGAUUUGGGUGCGGAAUCCUUGAAGAAUCUUGAGGCAGCAGUGCGUACUCGAGCUCAGAAUGACAGUACAUGCCUGAUGAGCGAAAGAGCUCUAUGUGCAUUGCAAAGUGGCCAGCUACCCCCAGAAGAAGUCUUCAACAUGGUGAUCAAUAUGACAAUUAUGGAGAAGACUUUCCUUCGACCGUUCGCAUACUUGACGACCAAUGAGCAGGAAACCGACAUCGAAGACGCACUCAAGUGGACAGUAGAGCUUGCAUCAAGGGACUCGAGCAAUGGCGGAAACUCUUUGCGUGCGGCCAUAAUUCGCGCACUCGAUGCUCCUCAUUGGCCUCAGGAUCAGGAAAUAUCGCCUCGGUCGAGGUCUACAAACAUGAAGGAAUACCGGAGUACUUAUUGUGUUGCAAGAACAAACGACUUCCUCGCCCGACAUCGGCAUUUCCUCCGCAAAGAAUCUGACAAGAAGUCUGAAAACCUUAGACACAAGGAGCUUCUCAGCAUCUUCGUGUCCGCCAUGGAGCUUUCUUCGACGUUGGCGGCGGAAAAUCCCAAAAUCAAAAUCCACUUUCUGGCGAACAUGCUCGAUGCGCGCUACACAACGCAGCACAAAUCUCUGCGGCCGUCAGAUGCUUUGAAUCUAGCCACCAGCGAGCAGGAUGACGACGGAUUGGAUCCCUGGGCGAUUGGACUAGAAGGCCAGCCUAUCGACAUGGUUAUCGAGCCACUGGUAACCAGGGAAGGGGAUGCCGGAGGCGAAAACUACAAUUUGUCCACUGUGCUCCACAAGGCCAUGGUCUGGAUGGUCAAGGAUGAUGAUCUGACCGAGGCAGACAGGGUUCGACUACAACAGCGCUCCGAACCGCAGACUGCAGCUGACGUUGUUCUCACCGACACCUACCGAAAUCCAGACUCGGCGCAGCGACAACAUAAUCUUCGAAAGAGGAAAUAUUCCAGCGACGCAGCACCUGCUGCAAGCAGGGACGAUGGGGCAGCCGUGGCUGGUAAAUAUUCUCGACAUGGUACGCCAUCUUCGGUUCCAAACAGGCUCCAGGGCAACUAUACGGUCUAUACCUCAGCCAGGCCUGACAGUGCUCCUCCAUCCUCGCCAGUGGCCUCCACCAGGAGCACCCUGGGUUCUGGAAGAGACCUGCCUAAUUCAAACAUGGUAAUCGACCAGAGUCUUCGAUUAUCGAUGAGCAUGUGGCACGAGAUAAGCAAAAACAUUGCCAAGGACGAAGAAGAAGAUCCCGACUGGCUGCCCCAGAAGAAGCAGAGACGUGACGAGUUCAACUGA